UGAAGAUGGCGAUGACAGUGAAGAUGGCUAUGGCUUUGCCUUUUCCAUCAGCAAGAGAUGUAGAGGCUGGGGUUGUGGCGAACAAGAACGUGCCGCUGGCGCUGCUGCCACUGUCGCAGUUUCCAGCCUUUCUGCGAUACCUUCGCCGGUUUUGGCAGGGUGCCGUCGGGCCGGCGGUCCAGUCUGUUUUUACCGUCAGCCGAGGCAGACCAACAACUAUGCGCUGCGGAAGCUAGAGGCCUCCCAGGCAAGCGAUUUCAUCCUCGCCACUGCAGGGAGACCAAUCAGGCGUACGCGGAAACCUGCACACCUCGCAAACAACACUCGCAUCAUGGAUGCAAUGCGUGAAUUUGCAAAAGAGGAACUGGAGGAGGAGCACCAGAAUGUUGACGAGUAUCGGCCUCUAUCAGCAGCAAGCUCUGUGCUCGUACCUGCACAUGCAGUACCAAGCUCCGCACGCACUCCCGCUCAUAUAAGACCUGCUCCUGACCUUGUCGCGGAUGCUGAUACGAACGUGAGCAAAAAAAACCCUCCUAUCGUUAUCGUAUCGGUCGGCUCUGUGGCAGAUGUGGCUGGGCCUAGUGGUGCUGCUGUACGUCGAAACCCUACACGUUCUUCAGGAGCUUCGUAUGCAGACAGCCACGACAGUGGUUACAUUAACGAGGAUUUUGUCACCAAUAGCCUGCAAAUUGACUUGCAA